GCAUGGCACAAUACAGAACACGUUUCGCAUUCAGUUGUUCAAAGUAAGCCGUAAACGUGGGUUAAAUUAUUUCUAGUUAUUAACGUAGGUUAACGUAACGCAGAACGCAGACCAGACCAGACGGAGACGGACGCAAUACGCUACAGCUACGCAGUGCGAUAGAUGUUUCAGUGUUAGAAGGUUGUGUUCGGUAUUGUACGGUGAAAACAAAUAGAUUAAAAACAUAGUGCCUAAUUUGGGUGUUAUGAAGUGCUAAACAAUUGUUUUUUAAUGAAGUUUUAGAUUAACCACGUGUUGAAAACGUCGCGCAUCUGUUUUUUUUGAGCAAAAAUGCAAUACCGUCUAAUAUUGCACACAAAACUAGCCUCGUGCGUUCUGUAGUAACAAUCACUGCAUCGAUUGAAUUGAUGAACAUUUAUUUAUCAACAUCAAACAACAAACAUGAAGACAGAACCUAAAGAGGACACUGAUUUAUUAGGCAUAAACAAGAAUAAUGUUUUAAAUAUCGGCACUGACACGACAACGAAACGGAUUGAAGAUUAUCAAGGUCCGCCUGAUGGUGGUUUUAGGGCCUAUUUGAUUGUGUUGGGAUCAUUUUUGACCAAUGGUCUAUUGUUCGGAGUUAUCAAUUCUUAUAGUGUAAUUUAUACUGUACUGCAAAAACGACUAGAAAUUGAAAAUGUGCCAAAUUCGGAGAGUAAAGCAUCUUUGGUGGGCGCUCUCACAAUGGGUACGACAUUUUUCCUGUCUCCGCUGUCAGGUUUACUGACUGCCUUUUUUGGUCUACGAGCGACUGCAGUCUUGGGCGGCAGCAUCGCUACAGCCGGAUUGCUUUUAUCAUCAUUUGUUGUGAACGAAGUCAAUGCGCUCUACUUCACAUAUGGCUUGAUGUACGGUGUAGGAGCAUCACUAGCUUACACGCCAUCACUAGCUAUCCUCGGUCAUUACUUCAAGAAAUACUUAGGACUAGUUAAUGGUAUAGUUACUAUAGGAAGCUCAGUGUUUACCGUCAUAAUGCCUCCGUUAUUAGAACAUAUCAUAAAGAACUACGGCUUGGAAUGGAUGUUCAGAGUUCUAGCCUUCUUUACAGUGGGCAUUAUGCUUUGCGGUUUACUAUUCAAACCGACUCCAUUAAUGAUAAUACAGAAACCUUCUCAUAAACAUGACAAUGUUAAAUCUUUAUUAAAAACUAUCGUAACCGUUCAAAUUUGGAAAAAUAGUAAAUAUAGAUUAUGGGCUCUUUCGAUGCCGGUGGCGUUGUUUGGUUAUUUCGUGCCGUACGUUCACAUAAAGAAAUUCAUUGAAGAGACCUUCACAGGUGUCAAUGAUAAUCUUCCUUUGCAAUGCUUGGCGAUCACAUCAGGGUUGGGUCGUUUGACUUUUGGAUUCCUGGCAGAUAAACGGGGAAUCAAUCGGAUUUUGCUACAGCAGAUCUCAUUCUAUGUGAUCGGAGCUCUUACAAUUAUUUUACCGUUCGUAAAAUCGUUUAGUCUGUUAGUGGCGAUUUCCUUAGGAAUGGGCUUGUUCGACGGUGCAUUUAUUGCACUGAUAGGUCCGAUAGCAUUUGAACUGUGCGGCGCGACACAUGCAGCUCAAGCGAUCGGUUGCAUGCUAGGGUUGGCUGCCCCGCCUUUGUCUGUCGGACCUCCCAUUGCAGGCUACAUUAGAAGUAUAACGAAGUCUUACAAAAUACCAUUCAUCCUAGCUGGAAUCUCGCCAUUAGUCGGCGCUACCGUCAUGUUCAGCGUUCAUUAUCAACGACGUAAUUCAAGCCGAACUGAAUCUAAUGCAAACGGACACGCAUAUUCACCUCCUACAGAUAUUGAAACAAAUCCCACGUCAAUCUCGAGCUCAAAUGGCAAGAUAAAUCACCAAACGGCGUUAUAACAUUUAAUUCUAAUGCAAAAUAGUUGAGAAUGUAUUUGUUAAGAAAUGAAUUAUUUUAAAAUGUGUGUGAUAGUGAGAUGCGAAGCUUUUAUUAUUCCCUAAGUGACGAAAGAUACUGCCUAUAUUUACUGCAUUUUGUUUGUAUUUUCCUUUUUUACAAUGUUAUUCUGUUUAAUACAGUUACCUAUGCAAGUUCCUAAUUUAGGUUUAUUUAAAGAAUAAAAUGUUAUUUAUAAUAUUAAUUAUUUCUUGUUACUACUGCAAUCAUUCGAAUCUCUAUGUUUAUGUUCCUAUGGAUGCAAUACUUUUUAAUUAUGUAUGUGUGCUUGAUUAAGAAAAUAUUUCAUUGCUAACGUCUUAAUCCAAAACAUUUGUAGAAGUUUGAAGUCCGAUAAAAGUUAAAUCGUAUCGUAUCGACCUAAAUCUUGUAAACAAUUGAUAUUUCUUUUUAAAAAAAUCUAAGUUUUUAUGGAGACAAUGCCUGAAACAUUCUUUUUUUGGACUUUUUAUUUUUAAAUCUUAUGAAUUUUUCCUACCAUUUUUAUUCCCUAUUACUUACUUUCAUAAGACUUCGUUUGCUGUUGUUUUAUGUCAUUCCUUUUCUAUGAUAUUUUUUCUAUUGUUUUUACACUUUAUACCAAAGCAAAAUCAGGAUAAACAUUGAAAAAAAUAUUUACUGUUUAUAACCCGGAUUAUUAACAGUUAUUCAAUUAGUGUUUCUUAAAUAUAAUUAUUUUAAUUACUAAAGAAAACCAGAUUUAUAAUGACUCAAGGUGACCUAGAUAAACUUGUUUACACCAAUAAAAGUAUAUCUUAUCUCUAUUUGUUAUAACUUCCGCAUUGUAUAGAUAGGAACAAAUUACUUGCAGCCGAUAGCUGUUUAAUUUCAUCUCUGCUUAUUACUUAGUUAAUCUAUGAUAAUACAAUGUAACCUAAAUCAUAGCUAACACAAACAUUUAUUUCAUAUUUUAUCAUUUUUGCGCUAUCGUGUUUCAGUUAUCAGGUCUCGUUGAUAUUGUAAUAAUAUUGUGCAGUUUUUUUUUAUCAGACUGUUGUAAAUUUAUACUGGAUUGCUUUUACAUUUCUUUGUUUUUCUUGCGGCAUGCAAGAUAACAUCAAUUUGCCAAUUUAUUCUAUCACGACAAAGGCGAUACUCUGAUUUCAACCAGUCUUUAUCUACAUCAGUUGCAAAAGCUGUCAUUAUAAAUGGUCGCUACAACUCUGCGAAGUAUCAUCACAUAACACUAUUAACCCCCUUCUCCCCUACUAGUCAUGGUAUAGAAAUCUUGCCCGGGGCGCUGGUAAGCUGGACCCGGCACUGCCAAUGACUUAGUAACAUCCACGUUUUUAACAUUAGAAACCAUGUUUACAUUUAACAAUACGUGGAUACUUUUACAAUGUCUCAUGUAUGUAUAGUAAAAUGUUGCUUGCUGUAUAUUAUUGUAAUUAAUAACAAAACGAUCGAGUUUCUUUGACGUCAAUACCAUGUUUACGCAAUCGGUUUUGUUUUGUUGCGUUCUAGCAGAAAUUAGAAAUAAUCAUAUUGCCUACAUUUGUUUGUAGUUAUUGUAAUAAUAAUACACUGGGCAUAAAAAUACAUUUAUUGAUUACUUGUCGAAAUAUCUAUCUUAUGAUUCCACGUUUGUCUAAGUUUUAGUUAUGUAAGAGGUGAAAAAAAAGUAUGAAGUGUUUUUUCUCUUAUAAUUCUAAUAUCCUAAAGAUCAGCUAAAUAUUCCAGAAUCAGAUUAAGAAAUGUUUUUUUUACAUAAAUAACGUAUGUGAAAAAAUUCAUUUAGUCAUAGUCAAUACGUCAAUUACCUUUGAAUUUAUAUUUAUGUAUGUACAUGUAUGAGAUUAAAAUAUUUUGUUAACAUAUUGCUACGUACGCCUUAAUAUUUAUGUAUAUUGUCAUUUAAACAAAAUCCUAUUAUUCCUAAAAUAAUGCAAAUAUUGUAAAUUAUGCAUAUAUUUAAUGUCAAAAACAGCUGUGAUAAUCCGUGUUAUUGUGGUUAUUGUUGCAUAUUGUUUAAAAAAACGCUAUUGAAUUUUACGCGCAUUUUUCCUCGCUCGCAGCUGUUCCUUUAUAAUUUAACUUCGAUAAUUUUAAUCAUAGUUUAUGUUCUUAUAAUCUAUGAUAUUUCUACUAUUGUAUAUAACAUGUUGAUGUCAAUUUGUCAAUUACUUUGUCUAUAUUAGUCAAAGUCAAAGCUCUACAGACCAUAAUGCGUUGUUCGAUACUUCGCUCAUUUCAAUUAUUUUGAAAUUGUAAUUUAGCAUUAUUAUUCUUGAAACGUUAUUCUUCAAGCGCUAUUUUUUUUAAUAAUUGUGAUUAAUUCUUAAAGGUUAGUUUUUAAAUUACUAUUUUUAAUUAAGAAUAGUGUUUAAGCUCAAAAUGUUAUUUUUUGUACAAUUCUAUCUAAUACGAUUUGUGGCGUUUUAUUGUUCAGGCAUUUAUAGGCAAAAUAAUCUGGCAUUCAAGGUAAUGAAACAAAGGC